AUGUCGUGUUUUAAAUGUGGUCGUCCAGGUCAUUUUGCUCGCGAAUGUAUAAAUUAUAUUGAAAAUAAUUCAACAAAUUUUGAUUUAUUGAAUGAUUUUAAUCGAAAUGAACAUAUAUUUAAUAAUCUUAAUUCUUUUGUUUAUAAUAAUAAUAAUAAUAAUGGACCACAACGUUGUUAUCGUUGUAAUGAAUUUGGUCAUAUAGCACGUGAAUGUUUGUCUGAUAAUGAUAUUCGUACAUGUUAUAAUUGUGGUCAAAAUGGACAUAUUCGUAGUGAAUGUAUGGUAUCAGUAAAUCCAAUGUUAAAUAUGAAUAAUAAUUCAAGAAAUAAUACUCAAUGUUAUCGUUGUGGUCAAUUUGGACAUUUGUAAGAAUUAUUCUUUUUUUGUUUGUUUGUUUAAAGUAGUGGCGUAACCAGGAUUUUUUAGUAUGCUGGAUCUCAGCUUCAAAGUAUGGGUCCCAUAUGAAACUUAUAGAAAUUUGAUAUUGGACCCAAAUGAUGAGUUUUCAUCGAAAAAAAUUAGCAUUUUCCUGAGUCCGCACAGAGCCUUUUCUUUCCUUCUCAUAGUAUUUUGUUUUUCAGAAUUUCAGAGGAAGCUACAUC